AUGUUAGCGCUCAGUUCACUGCCCCAGCCUGAUCCUGUAUGGACGGGCAGUUGGCACGAGGCCCUCGAUUCUUUGACGUCUCUGCUCACCUCAAAUGACCGAUGCGCCAUGAGAUCAACCAGCAAUGCACGAAGGAAUGACACGGUGUCUUUUCUUGCGAAACAGUCUUCAUUGAGCCACAUCUAUCAGUAUAAAUGCCCUGAUGUUUUUUUUUCUUUUUUUAUCUCUUUCAUUAUGCAGUUUCCAAUUUCCCUUCUUUCUUUCUCUUUCUUUAUCUCACUUACUUUCUUUUCUUCAAUAUCUUUCAUAUUAUCUCAUUUUCAAUUUCUUUUUAAUUUUUCUCAUUCAUUUCAUUGUUUCUAUUUUACACUCCUUUUUUCCCCUUUUCAAUUCUUCUUCUCAUUUCCCUUAUUUGCCAUUUUUAUACUUUCUUUCAUUCUAUCUCUCAUGAUUGAUAGAUCUAUAAUUGAUCAAUAUUUAAUCCCAAAUCAUAUCUAUCUAUCUAUCUAUCUAUCUAUCUAUCUAUCUAUCUAUCUAUCUGUGAUGAACUGUGAUACAGCGAAACAGGCUUGA